AUGUCAUCCAAAGUUCAUCGAGCAAACACACAAACACUUGACUACCACCGAACUUAUCCCACAACUUUGUCAAGUCUUCUCUUUGAAAUGGAGGGUGUUACAGUGUUGAUUGUUGGUGCUGGGCCAGCAGGCCUCGCAACGGCAGCAUGCCUUAGCCAAUUCUCAAUUCCUUAUGCCAUCAUCAAGCACGAGAGCUGUAGCGCGUCACUCUGGCGCAACCGCGCCCUUGAUCGCCUCAAGCUGCAUCUCGCAAAGGAGUUUUGUGAGUUGCCACACAUGUCAUACCCUAUAGAUGCACCAACAUACAUACCAAAAACCUUGUUUGUGAAGUACUUGGAUGACUAUGUUGAGCGUUUCAACAUUCAACCAAAGUAUCUCACAAGCGUGGAGUCAUCCACAUAUGACAAUGAUGAAAAAUGUUGGUCCAUUGUGGCAAAGGACAUGUCAAAGUGCACCACAGUCAAGUUCAUGGCGAAGUUUCUUAUUGUGGCAAGUGGUGAGAAUAGUGCAGAGAAUAUUCCAAUGUUCCGUGGACUGGAAAACUUUCCAGGUGAUGUUAUCCACUCCUCAAGCUACAAGUCAGGCAAGAGCUACUCUGGCAAGAAUGUAUUGGUCAUUGGAUCUGGCAACUUCGGGAUGGAAAUUGCCUAUGAACUUGCGACCCAUGGUGCCAACACAUCGAUUGUUAUACGAAGCCCGAUUCAUGUAAUGACAAAUGAAUUAAUUCGUUUGGGGAUGACACUUGCUCACUGUCUUCCAUUGAAUAUAGUGGAUAAACUCCUUGUGAUGGCAGCGUAUUUAAUAUUUGGAGACCGAUCACAGCAUGGCAUCACAAGGCCAAAAAUAGGUCCAAUGACCCUCAAAUCAGAAACAGGCCGAUCUGUAGUAAUUGAUGUUGGGACUGUUGGAUUGAUCAAAAAAGGCAUCAUCAAAGUUCAAGGGAGCAUUAGUAAGAUCAAGGGCAACAUAGUUAAAUUUCAAUGCAGUAAAAGAAUGUCAUUUGAUGCAAUUGUGUUUGCAACUGGAUACAAAAGCACGACAAAUAUGUCGCUCAAGGGUUUUACUACGCAGCGCCGCCAUCUACCUCCCCACCUCCAUCCCUCGCCGCCCCGCCUCCUACCCGACAGACCACCACCGAGGCCCGAGCCAGCGGCCACGACCGGCAAGAAGCACAAGUCCUCCAAGAAGCAGCCCAAGGGCAGCCGCGUGCCGCUCAGCGCCGACGACGACGCGGUCGCCAAUGCCGGGAAGCGUCAUCGCUCCGGCGCUGCCAAGCGCCACCAGGUCGAGGAGGAGGAGUUUGUGUCCUCCUCCAUCAGCUCCAAGAUCCUCCGCGAGGCCUUCAAGCAGUAG